AUCCAAUAUGAUCCCGGUCUCAGGUUGUUCCUGAAGUGUCACAUAAUCAGAGCACUCCGUCGUCCUGCACACAGCGGUCGGCCUAAGCUUUCCCCACCCUUACGUUUCGGGCGGGUCAUGAACAUUCAAUCGCCGCUUCAUCAACUCCAUUCCUCGCAAGCCUCGCCGUUCUGCUCCAGUUCUCCAGGCUUCUCGGCACUCACGCCACUGCCUAAUCUCCGUGCCCGUGUGCGCCAGCUUCGACAUUCCCGAAUGAGUCGAUAUAUUGCAAGAGUCACGCGCAAUUGAUCAAAUACAUCAUUGUUCGAGAUCUCGACGUCGCGACUGAAUAAAUUGUUCCCAAGUUCGACCCGAAGUAGGAGGGAAAAAGGGCAUUCGCCCUUCAGGGCAACAGACUUUGGCUGCCCCACGUGAAAGCAACAACCGUUGACGAUCCGUUCGCGAUGUCGGCCAUCGCCACACCAGGUCCAUCCAGUCUGAGUUACAAUGCGGCUUCACGAAGAAACCCACGAACCAGGAUUCAUCAGCGCAAUGAAGGCGUAGAGGUCGGGUCAGCAGGCUCAUCGCAGGUCGCUCACACGUUGACCGCUUGCACACGCUGUCGUACGCGCAAGACGAAAUGCGACGUCGGACUGCCUCGCUGCGGCCCAUGCGAGCGCACCGGCUCUACCUGCGAAUACUAUGAUUCGAAUCGCGGGCACAACGUGAACCGCUACUAUGUCGUUCAUCUGCAACACAGAGUGCGCGAGCUGGAGGAAGAGUUGGAUCGUGUGGAAAACGAAGAUGCCGUCGACGAUCCGGACGCCCUGAUGCGUGCUGCGGCGGUCCGCGUCAGUGAUACGAAAGAGUCAAAGUACCUGGGGCCUUCGAGCGGCAUCGCCAUUACCCGCCUGGUCAUGCAACUGGCCAAACAGUUCACAGACUCGUCCAGUAUCAAGGAUAUUGUCGAUGAGAAUCGCGCUGCUCAAAUCAAAGAUCUCUAUACCCAAGAGCAAGCUAAGCCUUACUCCAAAAUCUUCCCUCUGAUAAGCAAUGUCGCUGCGGAGGACCUGCCAAAACGAGGAGUGACAGAUGGUUUGGUACAAUUAUACAAGCUCAAGGUGCAGCCCAUGUACCCUGCGCUGCAUGAACCAACACUCGAAAGAGAUAUCGAUGCCGUGUACGCGGACGCCGCUGCAGCGACAGAUUAUCAACACUUCAUUUGCCGCAUGGUGAUAGCCGUCAGCUUGCAAAAAGCGGAUGCGAAGUUUGCGGGCUUGGCUGACAGCUACUAUCUGGCUGCUCUCAAAUACCUCGACGCCGUGGUUCGUCCAAAGGAUCUGCGUACGCUGCAAUGUUUUGCUCUCAUGGCCGAGUAUUCCCUCUUGACGCCGACCCGGACCGCCAUCUAUUACGUCGUCGGUCUCGCUGUGCGCCUGACCCAAGCAUUGGGGCUGCACGAGGAGAAAACUGUAGUCCGCGCGCGUAAAGACGGGACUAUCGACGUUCUCGAAGUCGACAUGCGCCGUAGGGUUUUCUGGUGCAUACUCGCCAUGGACUACGGUCUGGCGCACUCCUUGGGUCGGCCGGCGAUCAUGGCGACCAGUCAGAAUCACAUUGACGUGGGUUGGUUCCAUACCUGCGAUGAUAAAUACAUUACUCCAGAUGGCAUCGAUCCGGCAGCGCCACAAGUGACACUCAAGAAAUGGAUCGCUAUUCAUUUUUUCAAGAUGCGCAUGCACCAGCUUGAGAUCCGCCGGAAGCUAUAUAUGAAGAAACAGGAUGAGCCCAAAGAUGACAAUGAUCCGUGGUUUAUUCAAAUGGACAAGAAGAUCACUGACUGGCGGGACGCCUCGCCUUCACAGGAUGAGGGCCAAGGAUUGGACAAAGUGUGGUUUAUAGGCCGCUACAACACCAUGGUCGUCUUCAUGUAUCGGCCAUCACCUCAAGUUCCGCGCCCUUCUCUGCAGGCUGCAUUCAAAUGCUACGAUGCUUGCGAGUACAACAUCUAUAUGCACCGCGAGCAAAUCGACAAGAAGAACGUAGACCUAACAUGGGUCUUCACUCAGUCGCUGUUCAUGGCGAUCAACACAAUGUUAUGGUCGCUUAGCUACGUCGAAGUCAGGCGCAAACACCGGAAGGAGGAUGUACAGAGACAUCUCGAAGUUGCCAUGGCUGCAAUUGGUCUAGCCUCCCUUCGCUGGCCUGGUGUCGCCUCGGCUGUACAGCUCUACUACAAUCUCAUUAAUGCGGUGUUGAAGAUCUACGAAAAGGACGGCGACGUGCCAGUGUCGGCAACGACACCGUCCGAGUCGACUGCUUCACCAAGUGCUAUGAUUCGCGAAGGUUCAAGCAAGACCCAUAGCUCGGCGCAAAUGACCAGUCCAGGAUCGACAGGCAGUGUCAUAAAUCUGGCGACACCCGAGCACCAACCUGGGCAGCAGCAGCAGCAACAGAAGCUGCCACCGCCAUUUGGAUAUAUGCAUCAAGCGGCUCGGCGCAGCGUCGAGAUGCCUCCACCUUUGCCUUACGCCAGCCAAGCGAGUGAAGCACAACAGACUGUCGCCACACCGCCUUCAUAUCACACGCCGGCAUCGCUUUCGAGUGUGCUAACACCUUCGAGCAGCAAUAGCUACGAUCCUAGCAACAGCAGUGACUCACCAUAUUUACACUAUGAUUCCAGAGCAGGAUCGUUGCCGCCAUUGCAGAAUUUCCAGCUUCAUCCUUUGCAACCGCAGCAGCAACCUUACCAGGCACCAAAUCCUCCGACGGAGGCGUUGAGUCAAGGUUACCACUCGUCAAUCAACCAGUCAACAGGACCCCUGUCCUUUGACACUUCCGCUUUGUCUGGUCACGCCGACUCGAGUUGGUUGUCCCAGCCAAACUUGUCUUAUCAGGGUGGUCUCGGGAGCUGGCCUGCCGCAUUCGACCCGGUCAACGUUCUCUACCCUUUCUCGAACGAGUUAAGGGAGUCACUGACUCAGCCCAAUCACCUCAGCGCUCUCCAACAACAGCAACAGCACGCUCAGCAUCAACAACAGCAAUCUUUCAUUCCACAAGACUGGGCGAACCUCAUGCAUAUUGCCACGACUUCUGCCCCAGGCGCAAGCAAUUUUUACACUCACAACACCGCGACCGCCCCCGCAGCAAAUCCAUUCUACAUGUCGCCUUACGAUGACCCGUCCUACUACACAAACGGCCUGACACUGAGUCAACAGGAAGAGCUCAUGCAAUCGCUGGAAACGGAUGGCAUGGAGGACAUCCAGCAUAUGAUUUCCGCAACGCUAGGCAGCAUGUCCUCAGCUCCGCAGCAAAAUGCAUCACCUUCCCAAAUGACUGCGUAGGACGCAGCCGUGUGGUUCUGUUGAUGAUACAUCGGGACGCGAACGCGCGUAGGCUGCAUAAGGCUUGUUGCUUCUUGCACAGAGAAUGUGCCAAUGCGUCUAUUGGCAGUCUUUAGCCACAGAUCGUUCUGAAGGUACGAUCUCCGUGUUGUAGCCUCGGCGUCGCCCACAGCUCGGGCCUCCUUCAGUCUCUUACACACCUCGAGCUCUCUUUUGGGGGUGGUGCACCAAACCUGUGACGGUAUUGACGAAUGUGGCUCUUUUCGUUGCUCGUUUCUUUUUCUGAUAUUUACUUUUCCUCGAUAUGAUAUCCCGGUUUGGCGGUCUUUUUCAAUGACGAAGAGUUUUUCCUCAGACAGCGGUGGACCAGACACUUGAUAUUAGUCAGGCGCGUGCGUAAUGCAUCAGAGCGAUCAUGCUCUCUACAAUGAUACUUUGCCGGACAAU